AUGAAGUAUCAACAUCAGCUGACCGUCAGUAUAAGAUCGAUUCUUAUCAACUGGCUGCUUGCGGUGAUCGACGAAUUUCAGAGCACCAAUGUCUUCGGCAAGCCCGCUGUUCAUCACUUGACAGUAUCAAUUCUGGACAACUAUUGUUCUUCUGUUCGGGAGGUCAUUGCAACAAGUGAAUUGCAGACGAUCGGAGCGGCCUGUGCUGUUUUGGCACUCCACCCUAACUCAGAGUUGGAGGACAUCUGUCCAAAAUACUACAAACGAGCAGCUUACUACACAGAUGGUGCAUGUACAAGUGAACAAGUUAGGGCUGUUGCAGAGAAUAUCCGGAAGUUUUUUCCAAGACUCCGCAUACGGGAAACCAAAACAGCAUUUCACACCAUAGAUGCACUUUUGGGAGCAAUGCAGAAGAAUCAUCCAUCCUCUUCCACCUUCUGCUUAGCUCAUUACCUUGGUGAACUCAGUCUCCAAGCCGAAGCUUCAUUGAAGUUUACUCAAACUCAGAUAGGGGCUUCUUCAUAUGCUUUGGCUUGCCACACGUUGGGUUGGUCUGAGUCACUUUGGAUGUCUAUUAUCAAAUCUCAUCUACCAAAUUAUUCUUUUGGGGACUUGCAGGAGUGCAUGUCGAGUUUGCAAGAGCUCCUGAAACAGGCUUUGAAUAUGCUGACCAAACGGAACAAGAAGACAACUCUUCCUCAUGUGAUCGUCAAGUAUAGCCGCCGAGACAGACAGCACGUCGCGAAGGUCGUGGUGACACCUUCAGCUUGGCCUUUGGUUUGCCCUCAUGGCAUCAGCAGAGAGCAGCCGAUUCCUUGUACAGAAUGCCAGGUGACAGGAUCUGCAGUGCUUAACUUGAGCUUGGAUGGUGAAAUUGACGACGAUGACGGUCAAGUAUCGGUGUUCUCACUGGAUGAAGAUCCAGAUUUUUUGGAUGGCUCCAUAGAGGAAUCGACCUUCGCUAUCAACGGAGGAGCUGAUGAGGACAUCGAAAGACUGCCUGUGCUUGAACGCCAUGACGCUCACACGCCGAUCAAUGCUCCACCACCAGAGGACAGCUUGCUAAGGGCCCCGAGCGACUCAUCUCCGUCCGUCACCUGCACAGGGCAGGGGGAGAACGAGAAGGUUCAAGACCAGCGGGGCUUGCAAGACGUUUCCUUUGGGAUGAUGAGCGAUGCCUGCGACAACAGCUUCAUUCAUGGUCCGGAUGCCGCUUUCGAGCCCUUCGACGAUCGCAGGUCAUCCAUGGGGGAGCGUCGUGCUUCAAUGGGCAGUGUCCUUGGGGCAGUCUUUGAGGAGGACGAUUCCUACGCAUCGGAGACUUCUGAGAAAGAAACAUGCUCUUCGCUCUGCUGCGAAACCAAUGUUGGGAAACACAACAAAGCCAAUAUCAGCCUUGCUGAUCACAACAAAUAG